GUUGGUAACUGCUUGCGUGGAUCCCAUUAUUUUGGACUAGAAGAUCUGCGCAGGUGGCGUCGUGGAGUCAUGCAGUUGCGUCACUGCGUCACUUGUCAAAACAGGUUCCUCAGCUUCCAAUCCCACGUGUCUGGUAGUCAAGACGGCCCGGUCGCAUUGACCCAAACUGUCCAGCAGCCACAAUGAAGUACAUUCUGGUCACGGGUGGUGUCAUCUCUGGUAUCGGUAAAGGAAUUAUUGCCAGCAGUGUGGGCACUAUUCUGAAAUCAUGUGGCCUCCAUGUCACCGCCAUUAAGAUCGACCCAUACAUCAAUAUUGAUGCAGGCACAUUUUCACCCUAUGAGCACGGUGAGGUGUUUGUGCUGGAUGAUGGCGGUGAGGUGGACCUGGACUUGGGGAACUAUGAGCGCUUCCUGGAUAUCCGCCUCACCAAAGACAACAACCUGACCACAGGCAAAAUCUACCAGUCCGUCAUCAACAAGGAGAGAAGGGGAGAUUACCUGGGUAAAACGGUUCAAGUUGUGCCCCACAUCACGGAUGCCAUCCAGGAGUGGGUCAUGAGACAGGCCAAAGUGUGUGUGGACGACGAUGGAGUGGAGCCGCAAGUCUGUGUUAUUGAGCUUGGGGGCACUGUAGGGGACAUUGAGAGCAUGCCGUUCAUCGAGGCCUUCAGGCAGUUCCAGUUCAAGGUCCGGAGGGAGAACUUCUGCAACAUCCACGUCAGUCUUGUCCCUCAGCCCAGCACCACAGGGGAACAGAAGACCAAGCCGACCCAGAACAGUGUACGGGAGCUGCGGGGGCUAGGCCUGUCCCCAGACCUGAUUGUGUGCCGGUGUACCACAGUUCUGGACUCUGCCGUCAAGGAGAAGAUCUCCAUGUUCUGCCAUGUGGAGCCAGAGCAGGUGAUCUGUGUCCAUGACGUGUCGUCCAUCUACCGCGUGCCACUGCUGCUGGAGGACCAGGGCAUCAUGGGAUACUUCUGCUCACGCCUCAACCUGGCCGUCGACAUGCGGCCCCGCAGACUGCUCACCAAGUGGAAGGAGAUGUCCGACAGGUCAGACCGGCUCCUGGAGCACUGCUCCAUCGCCCUGGUGGGGAAGUACACCAAGCUGUCGGACUCCUACGCCUCCGUCAUCAAGGCCCUGGAGCACUCCGCCCUCGCCAUCAACCACAAGCUGGAGGUCAAGUACAUAGACUCUGCAGACCUGGAGGAGUCUACAUUGGAAGCAGAUCCAGUAAAGUACCACGAGGCCUGGCAGAAGCUCUGCAGCUCAGAUGGGAUCCUAGUGCCAGGUGGCUUUGGUGUGCGUGGCACAGAGGGCAAGAUCCAAGCCAUCAACUGGGCCAGGAAACAGAAGAAGCCAUUUUUAGGGGUGUGCUUAGGCAUGCAGCUGGCCGUGUGCGAGUUUGCCAGGAAUGUGCUUGGCUGGCAAGAUGCCAACUCCACUGAAUUUUCCCCAGACAGCAAGCAUCCAGUGGUGAUUGACAUGCCGGAGCACAACCCAGGCCAGAUGGGAGGCACGAUGAGACUGGGCAAGAGGAGAACCAUGUUCAGGACCACCAGCAGCGUUUUACGGAAGCUGUACGGAGACGCUGAGCAUGUCGAUGAAAGGCACAGGCAUCGCUUUGAGGUUAAUCCAGACUUGAAGCACCAUUUCGAAGAGAAAGGCCUGCGUUUUGUGGGCCAGGACACAGAAGGGGAACGCAUGGAGGUGAUCGAGCUGGAAGAGCACCCCUACUUCGUGGGCGUGCAGUACCACCCAGAGUUCACGUCUCGGCCCAUCAAGCCCUCGCCACCCUACUUCGGCCUCCUGCUGGCCGCCGUGGGGAAGCUGCAGAGCUACCUGCAGAGGGGGUGCCGCCUCUCACCCAGGGACACAUAUAGUGACCACAGUGGGAGCAGCACACCAGACUCUGAGAUGUCCGAGUUGCGCUUCACCUCGUAAUGUCUGACCACAGGUGUGACUUUCCUACACAGUCUUCCCAUCCCAGGCCUUCUGCACCAUGUGCCUCAGCAUGUGAACUGUGGUUGAAUGUGAAAGGGCCAUUCUUUGAUUGUGUAGUUCAUGGCAUCGGAGGGUCCGCUGCAUUGAGUGCAGUUUUCAUGCAUGGAGUAUUCUGAUUUCAGAUGCUAUAUUUUCAGUAUUCUGUUUAAGAGGGUGUUAACGCGUAUAUGGAUAUUCUUUGAAAACAUGUAAAUCGUUCAAAACUUCGAUAUUAAAAAUAUAUAUAUUUUACAGGGCUAAAAUACACCCAUCACAAUAGAUGUUUUAUUUUUAAUCAGAUGUCAUGUUAAUACGUAAACAGAUAAGUAAAUAUCUGUAUUUAAAAAUAUCCACAUAUGUUUAAUAAGUACCUAAAACACGUUCCGGAGUAUUCUGCUAGCGAGUGAAACGCCAUUCUACAAACGUGCGGAAUAUUCGGAAUGAGUUAACAAGACUCACAAGCAAACGGAAUACUGAUUCACCAUUCCGUUUUAAAUCAGAGUAUUCUUCACAUGUAACUGUCUCACUGUGUUGUCUCCUUCAUAGCACACUAGGUAGUGAACGAGUGAAUGUUUCAGAUGCACCUAAGGCUACUGUUCUCAAGGCCAGAGCACACACCUUGUGUCACUUUAGGAGGUCAAAAGGGAAAUCCUGAGCUUUUUUUUUUUUUUUUUAAUUGCACUAGAUAGAUAAGCCACAAGGAAUGCACCACUUUAAAAAUGAAGGGAGAAUUUACAAUCAUUCAUUAUACAAUAUCACUACUUUUGUCUUCCACGUUUUCCACACUUUUCAUGUUUGUUACAAUAUUGUAUAUGGGCAUACUAUAUACACUUGUAUUGACAUCCCUUAUGUAUUUGUGUGUGUGUAUUCAAUUUGUAAUAAGUUAUGAACCGUUACCUUUUAUGAACAUCAUGAAUGUAACUGCCUUUUUAUCACUUUGAUUUGACUAUUUUUAUUAUAAUGGGGAAUGAGGAAAUGUGAUGAACAUAUAUUUUUUUAUUGUUUGGGAGAUGACUGUUGUUGCAUUGAUUUUAUUUGAAUCAAGAAUGAAGUUAUAUUGAUAAUAAUUUUAAAAAAAUGAAACAGGUUAACAGAUAUGUGAAGCAGUAAGGUGUCUCUAAAUAUUGUAAUGUCAAAUGUCGCAAAAAUAAAUGAAAAUACUAAUAAAUAAAAAAACUUUUGUUACCAUA